CAUUUCACAACUGUGAGUCUGACAUGACAACAAACUUCUGGCUUCUAAAAAUGAGUUUUUAUGGCAUUACACACCUUGAAGAUGGUCAUCUGGUCCAAAAGAAAACCAGUGUUCCUCGAUUUGCAUCACGGACUGUGAUUGUGCUCGUCUUUGCACUGGGUCACGUGGGCUUUGCAACUGCUGAUGACCCCUGUGAGCAGUACACCAACAUCUCUGACCCCUGGAGGAAUCGUGGCUUCUUGUCCACUCCCUCUCAAGUCCAGCUGAAGGGCGACUCGGACCUGCAGGAAGGCUGGUACCGCUUUGUCGGUGUAGGGGGCGACAUCCUGGAUUUCGCCCGCAUUCCAAUCCCAUCUUUGGCAGAGCAGCGUCUCGGAUAUUGUUCCUUUGGAUCAUACACUCCUACAGUCACAGACAUAAAACUGUGUGCAGGAGCGAUGAAAAAUGGAAGUGUGGAUGUUAGAGUCUGUUCAUCUGCAUACUAUGUGCACAAGCUCAGACCCACCUCAGGCAAUCAGAUUUAUGCCACAAGCCAUCAGAGAUGUAUGGAGUCCUCUUGUGGUCAGUUUGCCCAAUGCGGUACAUUUGGAGCCUGUGUGUGUAAACCUGGAUAUGAGAUGCCCAAAGGACUUCUACUAACAGGAGACACGUACAGAUGCACAGACCCCUGUGAGCAGUACACCAACAUCUCUGACCCCUGGAGGAAUCGUGGCUUCUUGUCGGCUUCAUUUCAACUCCAGCUGAAGGACGACUCGGACCUGCAGGAAGGCUGGUACCGCUUUGUCGGUGUAGGGGGCGACAUCCUGGAUUUCGCCAGCAUUCCAAUCCCAUAUUUGGCAGAGCAGCGUCUCGGAUAUUGUGACUUUGGAUCAUACACUCCUACAGUCACAGAAAUACCACUGUGUGCAGGAGCGAUCAGUAAUGGAAGUGUGGAUGUUAGAGUCUGUUCAUCUGCAUACUAUGUGCACAAGCUCAGACCCACCUCCAGCAAUCAGAUUUAUGCCACAAGCCAUCAGAGAUGCAUGGAGUCCUCUUGUGGUCAGUUUGCCCAAUGCGGUUCAUUGGGAGCCUGUGUGUGCAAGCCUGGAUAUGAGAUGCCCAAAGGACUUCUACCGACAGGAGACACAUACAGAUGUACAGACCCCUGUGAGCAAUACACCAACAUCUCUGAACCCUGGAGGAACCGUGGCUUCUUGUCCACUCCCUCUCAACUCCAGCUGAAGGACGACUCGGACCUGCAGGAAGGCUGGUACCGCUUUGUCGGUGUAGGGGGCGACAUCCUGGAUUUCGCCAGCAUUCCAAUCCCAUCUUUGGCAGAGCAGCGUCUCGGAUAUUGUUCACUCCUACACUCCUACACUCCUACAGUCACAGAAAUACAACUGUGUGCAGGAGCGAUCAGUAAUGGAAGUGUGGAUGCCAUCAGAGAUGUGCGGAGUCCUCUUGUGGUCAGUUUGCCCAAUGCGGUUCAUUGGGAGCCUGUGUGUGUAAUCCUGGAUAUGAGAUGCCCAAAGGACUUCUACCGACAGGAGACACAUACGGAUGCACAGACCCCUGUGAGCAGUACACCAACAUCUCUGACCCCUGGAGGAAUCGUGGCUUCUUGUCGGCUCCCUCUCAAGUCCAGCUGA